AUGGCUCAAAACUUCUCCCCAGCACUCACACCAGUGGAAAUUGAAGCUGUUGCUGCAUCACGGGCUUUGGAAUUUGGACUGGAAAUAAGCUUGGCUGAAGCUGUAUUAGCAGGAGACUCCGAGCUAAUUAUGAAUGCUUUGAAGUCAGGAAGUGGUACAAUUGCUUCGGUGCAACCACUAGUUCAGGAUGCUAUUAUUUUUUCAGAUUCUUACACUAAAUUGCUAUCCUCUCACUGUAGAAGAGACGGCAAUAAGUUGGCACAUAGUUUAGCUAGAUAUUCGAUUAAUGUUUCUGACUAUGUUGUAUGGAUGGAGGAAGUUCCAUUGUCUUUAUUUUCUGUAGUUCAAAAUGAUUUGACCACUUUGGCAAAUCAAGUUCAAUAA